AUGCGGAGCGACAACGCCCCUCCCAGCGGCAGCUGCCACCUGAGUGAGGUCCAGCAGCAGUCCGCCACGGCACUAAAGGAAUCCAUGCAGAAGGGCCGUUUUGUGGCGUACUACACGCAUCCAUACCGUCUGCCACUCAGUCAGAGUGCGGCAGUGCGGGCGCCUGAAAAGUUGCCGCGUGAUGAGGCGACGAUCGCGCCAGGGGACUUUUCGUUUCUCCCUUACCCCACGUAUUGUGGCUUGACAACUGUUGACAAGGUGCUCUACAAGCAUUGUUUGAGCCUUGAUAUUCCUUCGUAA